GGGUUUUUUUUACGAUGCAGUUAAGAUGCGCUGAUCUCUUUCGGAAUUUUUAACAAACAACGUUAAUCUCUGGAAUUCUGAUCUUGGUUGUUAUUUUAGAGCGGAUAAUAGGCAGACGGAUAUCCACCAGUAGAAGUCUUCCUCCAUGCCAUACAAGGAGGAUGGUCUAAGGAUUAGUCUAACAUGAGACAGUAAGCCACAAAUUGAGCAACCCUCACCAUGUCCGGCCUCCGAUUUCAACCAGGGCCAGGGGAGGACCCCUUCUCCGUAUUCUUCAAGGGUUUCUCAAAUGCUGUCAAAGCAGCAGAAGUGAGUGAUUACUUCUAUGACAAGGGAUAUCACAACCGCAUCGCCUACCAAAAAAUCUACAAUCAGCACUUCCGUCUAUUCAUGGCCUUACGGUUUGACAACAUAGAAGUGGCCAAAGAAGUUGUUGAAAAGUACACCAACACCAUACUGUUUGGUUACAAGAUUCACUUGUCGUUCUUCAAGAAACAGUUAGCGGGGAUAUACACACCCAGGAUCAACAGUAUCUUCAUGCAAGAUAAGCUUCGCAAGCUGCGUGCCCAGGCAACACAUAGACCCUUCUUCUAUAGGACUCGGUUCCAUGGCCACUACUCACCGGUUCGUUUCUUUCGGCCCAGACCACGGAGACGAAGUCGGAGUCGCAGUCGCGGUCGCAGUCGUUCAUCGUCCUCUGAUUCAGACAGCAUCAGCCCAGAUAGGAAGCGGCGAGACAGAAGUCGAGACAGCCCCACCCCCAAAAGGCGAAGACAUCGUUCUCAUUCCCCUUCUCGGUCUUCGAGGUCCACAUCCCGCUCAGAAACACCGACCAGGUUUUCGCCCAGUUCCAGCCACUCAAAGAGGUCCUCCUCCAACGACAAGACAAGUACUUACCCAAAUCACGUCCGGAAGGUCUGCUCCAAAGUAACCGUGGUGGAGAACCAACACAAGAAAUUCAGCGACAGCUCGCGCUCAUCCAAAGAACACUCGCAGGAGUGUGGCUCUCCGACGAAAGGAAAGCACAGGGCCCAGUCACCAAGCAAGGAGCGGUUUAUGUCCAACUUCUCACCGGUGUCUUUCGGGAGCGAUGACGAUGCAAUGUUGAUGACUCCGACGCCUGAGCCUACGACUACUAGGGACCCUCAGAAAGGGGCUGCCCAGAAUGACCAAUCAGCGGCCUCGUAUUUUACUCUCAACAAGAGCACGCCUCCCACCGAAGCCUGGAUCCAGUCGGAGGGGGACACGACCCCCGAUGGGGGAACUCCAUCCCCCAGGGGGCCUGGGAACUUGUCCAGGGGGACCAAACAUACCGACAAGCCAUGCCACAGCGUAUAUGGCAAGGUGGGCCCCUUCACCGAGAUCAGAGCAACGGACAGACCCUGGCAACUGAAACCACUCACAGUUCAGGACCAAGGCUCUCCAUUAAGCAAACAGACUGAAGCCCAGUUUGUGAUCAAGUCUCCCUCCAGCCGAAACGGCUCGGGAACCGCGCCCUUUGGUAUAAACGAGAACAACUCAGUUGGAAAUCGAAUCGUCGUACAGACUAACAGACCGGAAGCUGGCUUCAUCGGUUCCCCAAGCAGCACGUCAUCAAGCAGGCAUCCGAGUCUGUCCUCCCCGCCCAGACCUCACAUACACCCGUCUCCCCAUGAGGGGGCGUGGUCACCUGGUAGCAACCGCCUCCAGAGCCCCACGUCAAGCUUCGGAGCCUCCCCGCCCAAAGUCAACGGCGUCAGGAAGGUCGAGUUGAAUCAGAGCAAGCUGGAGAAACUGCAAGCAAAAAAGGAGGAAAUAAUAAAGGCAUACAAGCAAGACUGCGAUACCUUUGCAACUGUGGUUAGGAUGCUGAUCAGGAAAGACCCGGAGCUGGAGCAACGUCUCCAGCACGCCCUGAGAGAGAACCUCACCGAGAUAGGUCAGCGCUGUGUACAGGAACUACAAGACACGGUGGAACAGAUCAAGGAUUGACGGUACACUCCUCAAAAAGACCAAGACCAAAGUUUACUUUCGAGCAGUUUCUAUAUGCUGAGGCCUUCAAUGGUCUCUCCCAGUGGUCUCCCAAAACUCUCCCUUUCUUGCCGUUGAGGGGGUAGUUGUGCAGGGAGCCCAAUGUGGUUGGACUGUGCAGUCCUGAAUUCAUUGAAAUCAAACUACGUCAAUUUAAAAAAAAACCCAGGAUUUAGCUGCACAAACGUAAUCCAAAAUAAGCAAAUCAAUUAUUUAUAAAUACUCGUUAAAACUUGAAAAGUAAGACGUCAUGAUGACAUGUACAUAUGUGUAAGCCUUGCCAUAUUUACAUACUGUAAUAUCUACCAGAACUUUAUGCAUACUUUGCGUACUUCUGGAGAUAACUUCAAAUACAAUUGCUAUACCUCUGUCUUGAAUACUGUAUUUUCAUUGGCCUAGAAUGAUCGCUUGUUAAGUUCAUAAAUAGUCAUGGCACACUCCGUGUGGGAUAUCACAUACUUGAUAUCCCGCAGGGAGUGUGCUAUGACUUUGUAAGUACAAACACUUCAAGUAAGUAAGUGUGAAACGCUUGUAACAUUGGUACCCACUCUAUUUUCACCAUGUUUUCACACACGAGUGGGAGCAGCGAACUAGCAGAAAAUCAGCUGUUUCAUGCGAGCGACAUGCAUGUGAGUUGGCGUUUGAUUGUCAUGAUUGUUGUGUUCAUUGCUGUUUGUUUUCAUGAUUUUUACAUCAAAAUCCAAAGAAUCCAAGACAGAGGUUCGCCUCGGGGUGCUAUGCGCCCCUUGGAUGUUCAAAACGUCAUGUCCCACAUCACAGCGGACAACAAUUGUUAAAUCAAAACUACCACCACUUCUUGUGGGGAAGACCUCGUAUCAAUUGCUUAAAUCCGGAGUGAUUUUCAAACAUGAAAACCACUUGCAACACACUCAAAAUAUAAAUGCUAAAAAAUAAUCUGUGUAUAUAUAAAAAUCAGGUAGUAAGAGCAUUUUAUUGUAUACCUUGCCAAAAAAAAAAACUCUCAAAAAUUAUGAAUCAUUCAAAGUAUUUUGUUUGAUAAAGGUUUGGUUGUACAGUAGACGACAGUAGUGGUUUAUGUUAGUAGUGAUGUAGAAAGGAAAGCUAUGUGAACAGAUGUAGUAGGCUUUGUGUAGUUGUACAAAGUGUGGAGAGUAUUCAGAAUUUUGGCACUGAAAUAUUU